GUCAGGCCCAGCAACGAGUCUUUGACAUGAAGUGUUAAUCAGACAUGAAGUCUGAUUAAAACACUAAAACAAGCCUCCUGCCAUCAUGUCUGAUAAGGACAGCUGUGCUCUGACUGAAGUCUUUUCUGCUAUCAGAUAUAAAGCUCUGGACUAUGUUUUUGAGUCCAGCACCAGUCUGAAGGUGAAGAUGAACCUGCUGGCUCUGCCAACUCCUUACCUGACUGGAACCAGUGACCAGUAUCCCCACAGUGGAAAGCUGCCUGAAGUCACCUACAGGACACCGUGGAUCAGAGGAAAGGUGAUCUCUACCUGCAAACUCUUCGUCGGUGGUUCUGUGCUUGAUGAUCUGGGACGGAAAAACCAACCAGUUAAUUCAGUCGAAAGAUUUACUGUGAAACAAGAUGUCGAGGUGAUACCCAGUUCUAAUCCCGACUCACUGAAGGAUUUAAAUCUGGAUCUGCAUGUUUGCCUCUUCAAAGAAUCACAGAUCAAUGAUGCAUGUCAGGAGUUGUUUUCCAAGUGGACAGUUGAGCAGAUGGAAGCUGCAAAUAAGAGCAAAGAUCUCCGCCUACCAGAGGAACUUAUGGCUGCCGAUCACUUACUACAGUUUAAGAGACAUUUACCGACACUGAAAGCCAAACUGUCCAGACUGAGGAUGCUUCCUGUGGCCGACCCUCUGCUGAGCCCAACAGGAGACGUCAUUUCUGAGGACACUGUGUUCAGCUGUUUCAGGCGCUGUGUGUCUUACGAAAAACCUCCAGAUUUGGACGCCACUGACCUUCAUGCAGGCGUUCAUGAGGAGUUUGUGAAGGAGUCACUCACAAAGGGAGAAUCGCUGCUGUUAGCUGCUCUGGUUGACAAUCUGCAGCUUACCACAGAAAACUACACCUCCUUUUCAAGCAUCGGUGGUCAUAUGAACGUGUCUCCUGAACCGCUGGACGACCGGUGUUCAGUCCUGGAUCUGCUUCAUAAAGCUGCCGGUUCAGAUGUAUCAGUGGAUAUUUCACAGUAUGAACCACCAGAGGAGGUUGGUGAAGAACGAAUAAUGAAUGGAGGACUGAUGGAGUCAGAUGUUCCAGGACAUGUGUUGCUUCCAACUGAAAUGGAGCUGGACUUGACUCUGAGCCAGACUCCUAAGAAGAAUCAAACCCAGAUCCGUCUGUCCACAUCUGACCUCCAGAAGGAAGAAUUGUCACCUUUUAGAUUAUCUUUGAUGUCAGCGAGAGCUCAGAGAGAGAUGAAGGUGGCACUUUGGAAAGCAGAGAAGCAUCCGACCUUUGUGGUUGGAUUUCUGUUGUCAGAGCCUCAAAUGUAUGAACCGGCCGUUGACUUCCAGCCUCUGAGUGAAGCCUUGAGAGUUGUUAAAUUAGAAAAACAAAGCUUCGCCGGCACUGGCGACAAACUGCAGUCAAACGUGGAGGUGAAGCUGUGCUGCAGUCGUGAGUUCACAGAGAGCUUGAGGUCUGAGUUUUCAUCCAAUGGGGAGGAAAUGAUGGAAGACUUCAGAAAACUCCCACUUGAGCAUGUGGCGGUCAAAUCCAUCGUGCUGAAUCCCACAAACAAAGGAUGUCUCCAUACAGAUGUAUCUCCGAACACAUUCCUGAUUCAUCCUGCCAGCACAGACAAUAAUCAAGUAAAAUCUGCUGCCACCACCAGCAGCAAAGACGAGGAGAGGUUUUCAGGAGCUGCAUCCACGUCUUCGGCUCAAACAUACGUCAUCAACGCGGGUGAAAAUGACUGUAAAACAGAGGAGAAGGUCCACGUUUCCGAGCAGACUGCGUCCUUCAGAGAUGAUCACAGAGGUCUGCUGUUUAUGAGACGUCCACCAGAGGAGGACCUUGACCCUCUGUCCACCUUCAUGAUGCUGAGGUCCCAGCAGGCUGCUCCAGUUACUGAGACACCUCCGGCUUCAGCCAACUCUCCAGAACCAGAGGUGAGCAAACCAUCAUUGGAGCCGCAGACUUCUCCAGAGCAAACACUAAACAGGAGACCAUCAUACAUGAGUGCUGCUGUGUCAGGAAAUGCUACCAGAGAAAAACUCAUCAGUCAGUCAGACCCCCAGGAGAAACAGGACAACAGAGUAGUUCUGAUCCAAGCUACAGACAGCCAGCAGCGAGCCUACAGUGAGCUGCUGGCCUUCGCUCAGCCUUGUUUGAGCUUUGCCAGAGAGCUGGGGCUCAACUUCCCGGUGUGGGGGGACUUCAGCUGCCUGGCACCCGACCAAACUCACUUCCUCCUCAAGCAGCAGGAGAGGGCGCUCUGCAGGACUCCUGCACAGAACGCAGAGCUGGUCAGAGAUCAGGAACGGCUCUUCAACCAGGUGGCUCUGAUGCACGUGUUGGUGACAUUCAAGGAGCUGCUGCUGAAGUGCAACCUCAGUACUGCACUGGAGUACCUGACCAAAGCAGCAGAGGCGUGUGCAGAGGAGAGUCUACAGCAGCUGCUGAAGAAGCUGCAGAUCAUCCUCUACAUCAGUCACAAGAACCAGGAGCCCAACCUUAAACUACUGGAGCUGCAGCAGCUGAUAACUGAAUGGAUCCACAGUAGGACAGGACAGAUCACAGAUAAAAUUCUUGUCAUAAAAUCAGUUGACUCUGAUGACAGCAGAUCAAUAAUCAGCAGCUUGAACCAAGUGACUGGUGCUGCUGUGACUGCAGUUUGUCCUGAGGAGAACAAGAAAAAGCUGAAUGGCGCCAGUGUGGUCAGCAGUGUGUGCGACGGUGUGUGUGUGGUGGUGUACGAGCAGCAUAUAGGCCCAGACUUCCCCUGGAACUGUUUCUCUCUGGUGGUGGAGUACGACCAUCCAGGCCAGUCUCCGUGGGCCACAGUCUGCAGGGAGAGGAGCAUCAGCCACCUCGCCUUCAACACUUGCAUCUCUGACACUGACAACGAGAAAGCCCCACAGUGUCUGGAGGACAAUGUGCCCUACGUGUUGUUUGUAACUGAAGGGUUUAUGAACUGUCCAGUGCUGCUGCAGACACUCGAGUCAGGCUUUAAUAUUACCGUGCUGGAGAGGCCUGCCUGUCCGACCCUGCAGAUGCUUGGAGGAAUUCACUGCUACUCUGUGAUCACAGUGGAUGAAAGCACUGCUAUCAUCAUUCAGGAGCAGGAUGAACUGUGUUGGGAGCGAGCCAGUGAAGGACUGGUGAUGAGGCUGACCGCUCUGUCUCUUCAGUACAGCUGCUGUUGGCUCAUUCUGCACUGUCCAGACAACCCAGGAGGAGGAUUUUCCAGUGAAGCUUUCAGCAACUUGGUGUUGGUUUAUUCGUCUCUGGUGCUGUUUGGCAUGAAGUCCGAGGAUCUGGAUGUGAAGGUGCUGAUAGUGUCUGAAGUGUUGGAAAUGGCCAAAUGGAUCAGUCAGAUCUGCUUCCACAGUCUGAUGUCCAGCAACAGGGACCUUCUCAGCUACCUGAACAGAGACUGGCUGAGUGUGAUGCUGUCACAGGAGGAAAAGUGUCUCCUGCAGUUUCCUUGUAUCAACCCUCUGGUUGGUCAGCUGAUGCUGAGCAGAGCCCCAUCAGUCCAGUGGCUCCUGGAGGCUCCACUGUCUCAGCUGAUGGAGCUGCUCCCUGAGGUCCCUCAUAAAGUCCUCAAGCUGUUCAGUGACACCACCUCCCUGUACUCACGGACCGCAGAUCCCAACCAGCCUGAUACAAACCGACAGACCAGCCAACCCAACAGCCCCUGGACCCACAACAGUAACAGUGAGCACAUCGACUCCCUUCAUCCACAGCAGCUCCCUACGCACCACGACACCAGCUUCCUGUUUGAAGCAGCGAGUGCAGAUGAGAGCUUCUGUGAACAAGCAGUGCAGGAUGACAACUCGGAUUUCAAGCUUGCCCUGAGUUGUUCCUUUGGCAGCCCAGAUGUUGGCUUCCAGAAGAGCUGGACGAGCGGUGAUCCGUGGAGAGAGGGGAAACUUCCUGGCUGUAGAAGCAGAGCUGGAGUGGUGGGGAGGGUUGUUGAAAGAGCGGGUGAUGGGUGGACACAGAGGGCUCCACCAAACAACUAUCCCUCCUACCUCCAUACCGCUGACAGUCCUCUCAAACUGAACCCCACAUUCAGUGACAGCCCCGUCCUGCAGCAGCCAGCCAGGGGUCAGAUAUCCACACACCCUGCAGUCUACAGUGACCUCCAGGAUCCUCUCCACCAUCACCUCAGCUGCAGUGUCAGCCCACCGACAGGCAACACGUGGGCUCGAGAAACCCUGAAUGACUGCUUCUUCAGAAGUGGAGGGUUGAUGGCAGCUCCAGCUAACUUCGGCUCCAGAUGUUGGAUAGGACAGGAGAGGAAGAGGAGUGGAGAAACUGCAGGCCUGUUUGGAGAAGUGUUGACGCCACUGAAGAAAGGGAGGCUGAGCUAUGAGCGUGUUCCCGGCAGAAGUGACGGACAGACGAGGCUUAGAUUAUUUUAGACAUGAAUGGAAGACAAGGAAACAAUUUGUUCAAUUUAAGUCAUUAAUGGAAUUAUUCAAGUUUAUCUUUCAGGUUUUUAUUCAAAUGAAUUUACUAAUGUUUACAUGUUACGCAUAUAUUCUAUAUUAAAGUAACAGAGCUUUUA